AUGUUUAUACCUAAAUAUAAUAUAAUGAUUUAUCUAUUGAUGAUAACACUUUCUGUUUGUUUUGGUCAACCCGAGAAACCCAAAACACCAACAACUGAACCCAAAAAAUCAAUUAAAAGAAAAUUAGAAGAAGAAAAACCAAGUACUUCACAACAAGCUGCAAAAAAACUUUUGGUGGAUUACCCUUCUUCAGAUGAAUCUGAUGCUUCAAGUUCUACAACUUCGACACCAAGUAGAAAAUCAAGUGAAGAAAGAAAUAUUCAAGUAACUUCUCCAUUGCCAAGUUACAUAGUCCGACCAUUUACAGUGGCUAUUUCACAUUAUCGUAUGUGUUUUCCGAAACGGAAAAAAAUCGAACGGUUCCAUUAUAUGUUGUUUUCUCAAUACUGGCUCGGCGAGGUUUGUUCUGGAUUAAUAUGCACGUUAUCACACCGAACAGAUAAAAUUGAAGAAGGAUUUUUCCUACAUGGGUAUUGGCCACAAAUUAGAAAAAGGGUUGAUUAUUAUUGUUGUGAAAACGAUUAUAUUGUCACUGAAGUCGAAAGAAUGAUGCUUGAUGAUAAAGAAUUAGAAAGAGAUAUUGCAAAAUAUUGGAUGUCUCUAGAUGCGUGCCGAUUAGUAGGAUAUCAAUGGGACAAACAUGGAAGUUGUACAAGUAACAUAUAUAAAACCCCACUUGAUUAUUUGAGAACUGCCAUAAAUUUGAGAAAGAAAGUUGAUAUAUGGAAAGUGUUGCAAGAGAGUUACUUGAAAGUAAAAACAAACACUUUAUAUUUCUUGGAAGAAUUAAAAUCAAUAAUGGAAAGAGUUUAUGGUACAUCUGUAUACUUCGUUUGCAAAAAUGGAAACUCUGUUUAUGACCUCAGAAUUUGUUAUUACCCUUUUCCAGAUGCACAAAAUCCUCAACCAAUGAGAUGCCCUCAAAGAAUUAAAAUGUAUGAAACCAGAAAAUGCAAUGAAAAGGUAAUGUUCAAAGAAUUUCCUUAUUAUUUAACUAAAAAAGAAUUGGUGACAAGGAACAAUUGUUUGUAUUAA